CCAAAAAGCGAAGUUCGCGUCAACUAUUCAUAUUAACGUGUUUGAAAAGUUAUAAUUAAACAUUUUAAAAAUGCCUUGCAAAGGAUGUGGAAAUAAUUGCCAGUGCACCUCAGGCAAAUGUGGCGGUAACUGCGCCGGAAAUCAGCAAUGUCAAUGCGCCAGCAAACCAGCCACCACGAAAUGCUGUCAGAACAAAUGCUGCUGAGAAAACACUAUAGAUUUCCAUGCAAUGAAAUCUCUGACUGAUCAUAACGAACAAAAGUUGCAAAACAUUUACCAUUUAAAUUAAAACACAAAUUUAACAUA